AUGGGAACAGAUCUAUACGCUUAUCCAAGACUGACGGAAGCAAGCAACUUAUACAGAUCGCACAGUGACCUGAAUCUUGGGGCCAAGUGGUCUGAUAGAGACCACAAGGAACGGAUCUCGAGCCAGGACGCCGAAUUCGACGUGUACGACGAGGAUGCUGAUGAUGAUCGAGUCGCUCAUUAUUACCACCAAACAGUGGCUGAGCGCAUUGUGGCGCGGCGCAAAAUUAAAAGAUUUAGGCUUACGCACCAACAAACUAGAUUUUUGAUGAGAGAGUUUGCAAAACAGCCGCAUCCCGAUGCCGCUCACAGAGAGCGGCUGUCUCGCGAGAUUCCUGGGCUGAGCCCCCGGCAGGUCCAAGUCUGGUUUCAGAAUAGGCGAGCCAAAAUCAAGAGACUCACGGUUGAUGACCGCGACAGAAUGAUCCAGAUGCGGGCAGUUCCAGACGAUUUUGACAACCUACAAGCCUUGCACUCACCUUAUGGUGCCGUGAAUGGUAUCGGAUCAUGCGCGCCGCCAUCGACUCUGGGGCUAGUGCGACCCUCUUACAGGACUUACGAGGCAAGAGCUUUAAUGACGGAUAUGAGAAGCUCCGCAGGAGAGUCGUACAUGUCGCCACCUGCACCGUCACAACCGUUGGGAAGUUUUGAAGCGGGCCAGUCGGGAGGACCUGCGAGCUCUGACGUGGCAAAUAACAUGUAUCAUGAUAGAUAUGUCGGUAGCAGUUCACCUGCAUCAUCUACGCCUGGUCCUGGGUAUCAGACUUCGGCUACGUAUUGGAAUUCGCCGGCCAACAACGCGGAUGUCUCAUCGCCGCACAGCACCACCAAGCCUCAGCCAAGGAAGCGGUACUUCGGCGUCCAAUCCAUCGGGACGGCAAACAAAAUAUCCAAUCUCUUCCACAUGCACUUCAGGAGGCAGCGAGCCACAGUCGUAUUCUGGUCUAUAGAAGACGGCUACGCGGCGGGCUUGCCCAGUCGAGGCUCCAGGAAUGACAUGGAACUGGAAGGAUCUGGCAAGCAUCGGGCCGGAAGUCCUCGGUCGGCGGUCGACUAUGGAUUCAGGGAUCAGCUUCGAGUCUUGACCGGUGGUCCGGCGUCUGCACAGUUGCAGGAUAGACCUCAGGGGCUGCCGUCUUUGAAGAUAGACACAUCAUCUCCAUCCAGUUACACCAACGGUCCACUGUCUGCACCCCUGGAGAUACUUCAGAUGCAGUGCGAGAGAACUGUGGAAUAUCCCGCGUCACCGCGCAGUGCAACCCAGCAGCCAAGUUCCAGGCGACUUGAAACGUCCGUUUCGGGCGACGAACCCGAACCGGAAGACUAG